AUGCGCUCAAAAGCAAAGCAUUCCAAGAAAUCCAGACAUUCCUUGAAGGCAGCCAAAGAUUUCUUUACCAAGCGCAGAGCUUGGUCUUCACAAGAAGAUGAAGCCAUUAGAAAGCUAGUGAUAGAAAAUGGGACAAAACAGUGAACAGUGAUUUCUGAAAAGCUAAGCCUCCAAUUUAAUUCUCAAAGAACUGGAAAGCAGUGCAGAGAAAGAUGACACAACCACCUCAACCCUGGCAUUAACAAGGACAACUGAAGCCUUGAUGAAGAACUUCUGCUAUUUGAAAACCAUGAAAAGCUUGGAAACAAAUGGGCAGAAAUUUCAAAAUUUCUCCCAGGGAGGACUGACAAUUCAAUAAAAAAUCACUUCUAUUCUACUAUACGGAAAAGAUUUAGAAAAAUUAAAGGGAUUGAUGGGACAAGAGAAGACCUCAAAGAGCACGAUAAAUUAUUAUCUUCAAAAAUCUUAUCUUCACUCCAAAAAAAGAAGCGCCAAACUCAGGACAACGACGUGUCCACUACUUUAGAUGAAAACAGCGUAAAAGAUGAAGAAUGUGAAAAAUCUGAGAGUUUUCCAGAGUUUAUGCCACUUGAAGAGGAUGAACUAAUAAUAACAGGGCAUCAUAUUUCGAACCCAUUCUCAUCAGCAACUGUGUCGAGUUACUAUGAAGAAGCUCCAGUUGAAUUUAUGUGGACAGAUGACCCAUAUCUCUGUGAGGAAGUUUUUAUGAUGCCUUUGAGUACACAAGAGAGCUUUCAUAUGUAA